CAGGGACCAGACGCCAUGACUUCCACCCUCACAGCCCUGCUCUGCCUCGGGCUGAGUGUGUGCCUGAGGACCCAGGUGCAGGCAGGGACCCUCCCCAAACCCACCAUCUGGGCUGAACCAGGCUCUGUGAUCCCCUGGGGCAGCCCCGUGACCAUCUGGUGUCAGGGGACCCGGGGGGCCCAGGAGUUCCUUUUGGAUAAAGAGGGAAGCUCAGCCCCCUGGGACAGACAGAGCCCACUGGAGCCCGGGGACAAGGCCAACUUCCACAUCCCACACAUGACAGAGCCCAAUGCAGGGAGACAUCACUGUUCCUAUCUAACCCCCACUGGCUGGUCAGAGCGCAGUGACCCCUUGGAACUGGUGGUGACAGGAGUUUACAGCAAACCCACCCUCUCAGCACUGCCCAGCCCUGUGGUGACCUCAGGAGGGAAUAUGACCCUCCAGUGUGGCUCAUGGCAGGGACUGGACAGGUUGAUUCUGAUGAAGGAAGGAGAACACAAGUCCUCCUGGACCCUGGACGCACAGCGACGCCCCGAUGGGCAGACCCAGGCCCUGUUCCCUGUGGGCCCCGUGACCCCCACACACAGGUGGACGUUCAGAUGCCACGGCUUUAACAGGGACACCCCCCAGGUGUGGUCGGAACCCAGUGACCCCCUGGAGCUCCUGGUCGCAGGUGUGUCUGGGAAGCCCUCCCUCCUGACCCCACAGGGCCCUGUCGUGGCCUCUGGACAGAGCCUGACCCUCCAGUGUCGCUCUGAUGUCGGCUAUGACAGAUUUGCUCUGUCCAAGGAGGGGGGACAGGACCUCCCCCAGCGCCCUGCCCGGCAGCCCCAGGCAGGGCUCUCUCAGGCCGACGUCCCCCUGGGCCGGGUGACCAACACCCACGGGGGCCGGUACAGGUGCUACGGUGGACACAACCUCUCCUCCGAGUGGUCGGCCCCCAGUGACCCGCUGGACAUCCUGGUGGCAGGUGAGGAGCCAGCGGGACGGCUCCCUGACACGCCCUCCCUCUCGGUGCAGCCGGGCCCCAUGGUGGAAUCAGGACAGAACGUGACCCUGCUGUGUCAGUCAGGGAGCACAAGGGAAAGUUUCCUUCUGUCCAAGGAGGGGGCAGCCCAUCCCCCCAUGCGUCUUACACCAAAGUACCGAGGUGGGCAGUUCCAGGCCGAAUUCUCCAUGAGUCCUGUGACCUCAGCCCACCGUGGGACCUACAGGUGCUACAGCUCACUCAGCAGUCACCCCUACCUGCUGUCACAGCCCAGUGACCCCCUGGAGCUCCUGGUCUCAGGAGGCUCUGAGGACCAGCUCCUUCCCCCCACGGAGUCAGGCCCGCAGACGGGUCUCAUAUGGUACCUGAAGGUUCUGAUCGGGGUCUCAGUGGCCUUCGUCCUGCUGCUGCUCCUCCUCCUCUUCCUCCUCGUCCGACACCGGGGUCAGGACAGAUGCAGGAAGUCAGGGCGGGGUCACGACAGGCCCAGGGCGGAGCCUGUGUCAUCUGACCCAGCCCAGGGCGAGGCUGACCUCCCACCUCCCACAGGGGCUGCAGACCCAGAGCCCAAGGACAGAGGCCUGCACAGCAGCUCCUGCCCAGCUGUCGAUGCCCAGGACCAGACCCUCUACGCUGCCGUGAACGACACUCAGCCUGAGGAGGGGGCGCAGCUGGACCAUCUGCAGAACGGGCAGGAUGCAGACCCUCAGGAGGAGGCAUAUGCCCAGGUGAACCGCUCAAGAUCAAGACUCAGACGGGGGAUGGCCACCUCUCCUUCCUGCCUGUCAGGGGGAUGGCUGGACAUGAAGGACAGACACGCAGAAGAGGACGGGCUGAUGGACAGUCAGGCUGCCGCAUCCGAAGCCCCCCAGGACGUGACCUAUGCCCAGCUGAACCACUGGGCCCUCAGACGGGAGACGACUGCACCCCCCGCCCCCCCGUCAGGGGAGCCCCCAGCAGAGCCCGGCGUGUACGCGGCUCUCGCCACCCGCUAGCCCGGGAAGGACCCAGACCCCACGCUCCAGGGAGGGAGAUCUCAGGGACCCCAGAAGGCACAGCAGCUGCCCGCGGUGGACACCACCUGUGACCCACAGCCAGGACCUGGACUCCUAACGCAGACCACCCAGAGCCCCUGGGACCCUUUGGGGGUCACCUGGUUCCACCAUCAAAGAUAACUAACAACCUUACAUCUCAGGGAUACAGCAACACACUUCUCAGUUAUCCAUGAUUUGGAAAAAGAAGAGCAAAUCAUCCCAAAUGAAGGCAAAGGAGGCAAAGAACUAUGAUAAGAGUAGCUACCGAUGAGGACGAACAGAAAGUAGAGGGAAAUCAAUAAAGUCGCAAACGUCACUCUUGGAAACAUUAACCACACGCACGCCUCCUAGG